AUGUCUGAACCGCACCACCAAGAAGACGCAUGCGCCUUUCCGUCGGUGCAGGAGACGCUGAACCACCCGGCCUACGCCUCGGCCAUAUGGGCCCUGGAGCCUCACGCGCACGGCAGGCUGCCCGUCGCCCACGGCCGCGGCGGCCCGCUCAGCAUCUACUGGGAGCUGCACGGCGCCGGCCCAACCAAGCUGCUUCUCCUCAUGGGCCUCGCCGGCACGGUGGCGUCGUGGCAGAUCCAGACGCACUACUUUGGCCACGUCCACGGCGACCGGUACACGGUGCUGGUCCUGGACAACCGCGGCGUCGGGCGCAGCGACAAGCCGCUCGGGCGGUACACCACGUCGGCCAUGGCGCGCGACGCGCUCGAGCUGCUCGACCACGUGGGGUGGGCGGCGCCGCGCUCCGUCCACGCGCUGGGCAUCUCGCUCGGCGACAUGGUCGCCCAGGAGCUGGCGUGCCUGGCCCCGCGGCGCCUGGCCUCGCUGUCGCUGGUGAGCACGUCGGCCCGCGCGCUGACGACGGGCGGCGGCGGCGGCGGCGGCGGCGGCGGCGGCGGAAGCCUCCCCUGGCACGCGGCGAUGUGGCGCCGCGCCCGGCUGUUCCGCCCGAAGCCCGAGGAGCCGGCGAUCCGGGACGUCGCGCUCGCCCUGUUCGACGGGGGCUUUCUCGCCGCGCCCGACGCGGUCGCGCCGCCGUCGCCGCGCACCUCGCCCCGCUGCGGCGCGGCCCCGGCCCCGGCCCCGGCCUCCGCGGACGGCGAGUACCCCCGCUUCGGGUCGAAUUUCCAGCGCUUCCAGGCGCUGGAGCUGCACAAGCGGCGGGCCGGCGGCGGCGGCGGCGGCGGCGGCGGCGGUAGCGGGGGCGCCCUGGCCGCCGCGGUGGGCUUCGCGUGCCAGCUGGCCGCGGCGGCGGGCCACGCCAAGUCGGCGGAUCAGCUGGCCCGCCUGGCGGACGAGGUGGGCCGGCACCGGAUCCUGGUGCUGCACGGCGCGCGGGACCGCAUGCUGCCCGUGGAGGAUGGCGAGGCGCUGAUCCGCGCGCUGCGGCCGGGCGUGGCGGCGGUGGUGGACGGCAUGGGCCACGCGCCCGUCUUUGAGAGGAGCCGGUGGUUCAACGAGUGGAUGGACGGCCAUCUGCAGCGCUGGUCGGGGCUGGAGGAGGGCUAG